AUGACUAACAUAGAUGAUGGGCAACACAAUACGGACCAUUUACGUAAGGGAGAGGAUGUUAAAGUUAGUCAAAGUUUAGUGGCAGGAUCUGUAUCGGGACUGUUAGCUAGAACAGUCAUUGCGCCAUUGGAUACGCUAAAGAUUCGAUUACAACUACGGCCAAGCUAUACGGGACAGGCACCAUCUGGGCUGCUAAAGAUGAUGAAGGGUAUGAUUUUGAAUGAAGGUGGAUUGCGGAGUUUCUGGAAGGGUAAUGUUCCAGGAACGAUGAUGUAUGUUCUGUACGGCGGUGCUCAAUUCAGUUCGUAUUCGUUUUACAACAACCUGUUUGGAGAAACCUCCGAUAUGAAUGGUCAAUUACAAAGUUUAGUAGUGGGUGCCCUUGCCGGUAUGACAAGCUCAUUUGUUUCUUAUCCAACCGAUGUAUUAAGAACGAGAUUUAUUGCCAAUCAAGAUGUGGCGUUAAGCAGUCUGAGUCAUGGUUGUAAAGAAAUAUGGAAUAUGGAAGGCAUUCCAGGCUUUUUUCGUGGGUGUACUGCUUCCAUGUUUACUAUAACACUAUCUGCCUCUAUUUUAUUUGGUACUUAUGAAAGUAUCAAGAUAUAUUGCGAUGAAUACAGUAAAGAAAGUGACUACACCAACUACCUGCGGUAUAGUGCCAGUUCCAUAAGUGGUGUUACUUCCAAGAUGGUCACGUAUCCUUUGGACACCAUCAGAAGACGAAUCCAAGUCCGAAACUCCGUGUAUGUUCAACACAAUGUCGAGAACAAGAUAGUCACCGAGAUAUACCAGUCGUACAAGGGAGCAAGCUUCAUUAGGAUGGGGCUCAACAUUCUGAGACAAGAGGGUCUCUUAUCGCUGUAUCAGGGUGUCAGCAUGUCCCUUUGUAAGACUGUUCCCUCCACCGUGGUAAGUCUGUGGGCUUAUGAAACUGUUAUGAGACUGUAUUAG